UUCAUAUUGAUAGUACAUACAGGACAGUGCUCAGUACACAGCCAAUGUGCCACAUUUUAUUAUCCUCACUUAGUGUUAUCAUAAGAGGGCUUGAUUUGACUGUCCUGAUUGCUACAACCAACCCUCAAGCGACAGUCUAACACAUGUACUGUGGUAGAGUGAACCUAGAGUUAAGGCCAUAGCCUUGUUACAUAAAUCAAGUAGAGUACUACAGGUGUUUCCUGGUUUUAUUCAUUUUAAUCCUGUAGUUCUCCUAUCCAAUGGUUGUUCUUACCUGGACCAGAGGGUGGCGCUAGUAGUUAGAAAACAAUUCAUUUUGAAACACUGCAAUUGUUUUUGAAUAGGAUAUAUCUAAAGAUAUUUGAGAGAUAAACACAUAUGGAGUUGGUAACAAGAGUGUCCAUACUUUUAUUUUGAUUUCUUGUUCAUUGGACUGUGCUGUGUGUAUUCCUGGCUGUUCGUAAUUUCCUGUAAAGUCCAGUAUUGGAAUGUCAAGAGUGUUUGCUUUGGAGUGAGGGCUCUGAGUAACAGGGAUCGCCCACAAUAACAUUAGCACAAGCACGGUGUGGGGGAGUGGUUUUCCGCAACAACACUAUGGACAAGUUUCUUUUGCAUGGCCCGGUGCCCCGGUUGGGAGGAGUUUGCACAUUUUAGAUCCUACCAUUGGUCCCUAAGUGAAAACUCACUGUCUGUGAGCCCUGUCUGUGAUACUUAGAGGCAUCUGACAACACUAAACUGGAAACGUGGAGUCGGAGUGUGUACAGUAGGCGGUGCUUGAGUCAAUAAAUAGGCUUAUAAAUAGGAAAUCCUCUCUAAACUGACUGGUCGUAGACAAUACACCAUAAAGGAAUACACGGGCGGAGGACCUGUAGGAAACAUUGCAUUUUUACAACGUUGGGUCACACAGGGAUAAUAAGGAAACAGCAGAAGAAAAAGUAACUAAAAUGACAUUUUCAUCUCUCCCUCUCAGAAGAUUUGACAAAAUGUGGAAUAGGAUAUUUUUUUGUGGACUGGUUGUCUGUCUCAUCAGCCUCACUGACCAGACUCAGGGCCAGAAAACAACUUUAGUUGUUCAAGGGACAGAUUGCACACAGAUCAAAACUCUCUCCCCUCGAGCCACCAGUGGAGUGUAUGUCAUUCAGCCUGCGGGAGUCAGAUCCCCCUUUAAGGUGUAUUGUGAGAUGCUGGCAGACGGAGGCUGGACAGUCUUUCAAAGGCGCACCGGGGCAGAGGUUCUUUUCAACCGGAAGUGGGCAGUGUACAAACAAGGCUUUGGGCAUCUACGGAAGGACCACUGGCUGGGUCUGAGUAAGGUGUUUGCUCUAACAAAGGGCAGGGAGCGGAGCUCGACCAUGCGGGUCGACCUGUGGGACUUUGAAGGGGGCACUGCCUUCGCUGAGUACAGUGACUUCCGUCUGGGCACGGAAAAGGAGGCCUAUAAGCUGAACGUUGGAGCCUACAGGGGCAACGCAGGUGAUGCCAUCCGUGGGAAAUACGCCGGCAUUGACCAGAAUGGCUUUGGCUUCAGCACAACCGACAAGGACAACGACGGCUGCUCACCCUGCAUCUUUGGAGACAUCGCCGAGAACACGUGCAGCUUCUCGGAGGGAGGAGGAGGGUGGUGGUACAGUCGCUGUGGCUCUGCCAGCCUGAACGGAGACUGGCACCCCGCCGGCGAACACAUCGGCUGGGCCUCCGGCCUCCACUGGGAGACCUGGAAAGGACCUGCUCCAUACUCGGCCCGAGCGAGCCGCAUGAUGAUCAAGUCUGUGUGAGGCCACGUCUCAAUACAUCUGAAAUGGUUUCCUAGGCCUAUGUCUCCUUUGAUUUAUGACCACCGGUCUGAGCCACAUUAGUGGGCAUGAGUAGAGGAAACCAUUGAAAUAACAGGAACACACACAGCUAUGUGUUCCAUGGAGUGAUGCCUGCAUAUCGUGCCAUAUUGCUUAGCUUGAAUGGUCUGUUUAUUUGGAUCUGUUGUGCAAUCAACACACUAUUUGCUUAUCCCAUUUGCUUUGUUGUAUUAUAUCAUGGUGCAUAAGUCAGAGCCAACAUGUAAGUGACAGAAAUAGAAAAUAUACAUUUUUUACACUUUUUUACCCUCUAAAGUCUACAAUGAGUUAUGUUUUCAGUGAAGAGAAAAUACCUUGAAGUUAUUUGUUACACUGUAACAAUUCUACAUCUAACUUCUGAAGUUUCAUCACAGUUUGACAAUUCAUAUUGUAGAAUGUUGAUAUUGCAUGCAUUUUUAAAUAAAAUGAAUUUUUGAACAUUU